AUGCGAGCAGCAGCUGUCGCAGUGCUCGUGAUCGCUGCCAUGCAGAUAAGACCUGCGGGUCUGGAGCAGAGGGCCUUUGGGUCCUUCCUCGACUCGUGCUCAGGGUGCUCCAUCGAAGAAUCGAAUGGCACUCUGCAGUGUACGAAAUGCACCAAGCCGUGUGGUGCAAAAGUUUUUGCUGCAAUCAAGCUGCUUGAUUGCCCUUCCAUGACGUUUGGGAAUGAUUCGGGUUCCUUGACCUGUGAGAAUUUACCUGUUGGCCCGUACCUGAAAUCCUGCAAGAAGUGCUCCAAGAGCGAAGAAGAGCUCAGAUGCUUCUGCUCAAAUUCCAACGGCCAGGCCAUCGAGACAACCAUAUCUUUAAAAGCCUGUGAAUCCUUUGGAAACAACGACGGAGCGUUGGCUUGCCACGUAGAGCCGGCAAAAGCUGAGCUUUAA